AUGGAAGUCUGGAGUUCCAUUAUCUCCCUCUUUCAGAUGGUUUCUCGUCGGAAAAUAAUAACUGCCAAUGGCUACAGAGAAUCACACCUGCAUCGCUGCCUUAAUCUCCUGGAUUUAGUAGCCUUUGGUGUGGGCAGUACUCUAGGUGCAGGGGUGUAUGUCUUAGCAGGGGAAGUAGCCAAGAAUACCUCAGGACCCAGCAUUAUCAUUUCCUUUUUGAUUGCUGCUAUGGUAUCCAUUUUGGCAGGAUUUUGUUAUGCUGAAUUUGGAGCCCGGGUGCCUCUAACAGGAUCAGCAUAUCUGUACAGCUACAUCACAGUUGGAGAGCUAUGUGCAUUCGUCACGGGAUGGAACCUGCUCUUGUCCUAUGUAAUUGGAGCCUCCAGUAUAGCCAGAGCAUGGAGUGCUACUUUUGAUGAAAUUUUGGGUGAAAACCUGGGGAAUGUUUUCAACAUACAUCUGGCCACGAGCAUCCCAGGCCUGGCUGAAUAUCCAGAUAUCUUUGCUGUUUGCCUCAUUUUCCUAGUUACUGGCCUCCUCUCCAUGGGUAUAAAAGAAUCUACCACAGUGAAUAAAGUCUUUACAACUAUUAAUGUGGUCAUCCUUAUCUUCAUAACAAUUAGUGGGUUAUUCAAAGGAGACCUGAAAAAUUGGACAUUAAGUGAAGAUGAUCUGCGAAGGCUGAUUGACAGUAACCUUAGUAACCAAUCUGUGGUUGGCAAUGACACCUGGAAAUAUGGAACUGGAGGGUUCAUGCCAUAUGGCUUUUCAGGCACUCUGGCUGGAGCAGCCACAUGCUUUUAUGCUUUUGUUGGAUUUGAUUGCAUUGCAACUACAGGUGAAGAAGUGAAGGAUCCUCAUAAAUCUAUCCCCCUGGGAAUCGUUUUCUCACUUCUCAUCUGUUUCCUGGUAUAUUUUGGUGUUUCUGCUGCCUUGACCCUCAUGAUGCCCUAUCACCUUUUGGAUCCACUAAGCCCAUUGCCAGUGGCUUUUGAAUAUAUUGGAUGGAGACCAGCCAAGUAUGCUGUUGCUGUGGGGUCACUCUGUGCACUUACAACCAGCUUGUUGGGUGCUAUGUUCCCAAUGCCACGGAUUUUAUUUGCAAUGGCCAGGGAUGGACUUCUCUUUCAUUUUUUGGCCAGAGUGAAUAGCCAACAGAAUCCAGUUAUUUCAACUUUGGUAUCUGGAGCAGUUUCAGCACUGCUGGCUGUCCUUUUUGAUCUGAAGAUCUUGGUUAAUGUGAUGUCUAUUGGAACACUGCUGGCCUACACUUUAGUUGCUGUCUCCAUUCUACUUCUCAGGUAAUAAGCUGCACUU